AUGGGGAGCGAAAAGUAUCCCCGAGAAAAUGAUUUCGACGACUAUAUCAAGCGUUGUGGUGGGAGUACCAAUGCCUGCACAGACGGCGACUAUACGUUGUUCUUCUUCGAUAUCCAGCGUUUGUGUUUUAGGGAGGCUCUUGACAAAUUUGCAAACUUCUUCAUUGCGCCGCUGCUUAGUCAGGACUGUGUCGAUCGCGAGCUUGAAGCCGUCCAUAGUGAGUUCGAGGCGUCUAAAUUAGAUGAUUCUCGGCGUUUGGGUCACCUUAUGGCGUCAUUUGCCAAAGCGGGGUCGCCCUAUCGUACUUUCGGUUUUGGGAACCGAACUUCUCUAAGAGAUAAGCCCAUGGACGCGGACACCAAUGUGUACGAGUUACUUCGAGAAUUCCAGCUUAGGUACUACAAUGCCUCCCUCAUGACAUUGGCCGUGGAAUCGAAAGACACAUUGGAUCAUCUUGAAUCGAUGGUAAAGGAAGUUUUCAGUCCUAUUCCCAACCGAUCCGCAGCACUGAAGUUUGUUGCUUCCAUCGUUGGGCACCAAGGCAGAGGAAGUCUGGUGGCGUAUCUCCGCAAGUUGAAUCUGGCAGUGGAGUUGAAUGCCGGUUGUUCAGUCAAUGACAGCACUCAUCACAAUCAAAUGACCAGUCUCUUUGGCAUUAGCAUAAAUCUAUCCGAAUUCAGUCGUACAGCUCCCACCACGGUGGCCGAUUACGUCUUCUCCUACCUGCACAUGCUCCGCGACGCCGCUGAUUUCAGUCUAGCCAAUCCGUCGGCCACCAUAACACCCUGGGGUGACCGCACUUUCGCCUCCCUCGUGCCCGAGUUUGAGAAGGUCUGGGCGUCAAAUUUCCGCUUCCUGGCGUCUCUGGAGCCCCUCACUAACGUACAGACGAUCGCCAUGGCGAUGCGAAAGUUCCCGCCCCAUGAAGUCUUUAUCGCUGAUUCGCUGAUUUUGGAACCUGAUUUGAAGAAUGCUCAACCCGUCGACGCAGGUGAUGUGUGGGAACCUGUCUCCUUUGCUAGCGUGGACUAA